GAAGCAGGGAUGAGAAGGCCAUCAUCUCCCUAUCCAUCUCCCAGUGGAACAAUUCACAUCCUAUUCCCCUACACUCUACUCUGUGACGCCAUUCUGUUGUGCUUCUCAAGCAAGGCUGCAUGAGUGACACCCAUAUGGUGGUCUCCACAAUCCGAUCCUACCAUCACUCAUGCAGUCUCCUCUGCUCUACAAAUUUCAAGCAACGGAGCAACAUCUUUGUCCCUCAUCUGAGUUGCAGAAAGAGAUUGUGUUUCUCCUAAUGGAUUCGGUUGAUGAGAGUGCUCCAUCUGCUAAGAUACUGGUCGGAGUUUCACUUGAUGCUCGAGCCAGCUUCCAGCUUCUCUCGUGGGCAGUCACAGUCGCUGCUCAUCCAAAUGACACCGUCGUCGCCUUGCAUGUUCUCGCAGCCGACAAAGAAGGGAACAGGGUCAGCUCUGAGAGGAGUAGAUUGCGGCAGGCCAAGGCGUCCGUGAUCUCUGCUCUUGGAGAGUUUGCUGAAACCUGCCAAACGAAGCAGGUGACGUUGGAAGCGAAGGUCAGGUGUAGUUCCAGUGUGGGGAAAGGACUCACCGAGGAAGCGGCACAGGUCGAGGCCAACUUCCUUGUUCUCGGUAGAUCGAGGAAUUCGACACCCAAAAGAAACUCAUUUGAGAUCAUGAGAUACUGCUUCAAGAAUGCUCCCGGAGGCUGCUCCAUUGUCGGUAUCGACAUGCAAUCUCUGCCUAGAAAAGAUGGUGCUGCAGACUCCUCGACAUAUGAAGAUAACAGUUCUUCGAGCUCCAGAUGGACCAGCAAUCACACGGUCAGAGCUCUCUCCCCGUUCCACAAGCUCUUCUACUCGAUCUCGAAGCGAGAAAAGAGGCAUUCUCCCAGGGAAAGCAUUUGCGAGAAGGACUCACCGAGAGGAGUUCUUGAAGGGCCGGACGCAGGAAGCCCUGUGGUGGCAGAGGACUGCUUGAGUCCACCCAGCAGCGUCACCGGCAGGCGCAGCGGCGCCAACAUGUGGAGGCGAUCGUCCGUCAUGAAGCUGCUCUUUUCUUUGCCUCGCUCGUCAGGGGAGUCGAUGAGCAAGGAGAGCGAUGCAUGCUCAUCCUAUACCGACGACCUGAAGCCUUCUUGGAGGUGCUUCACCUACGAGGAGAUCUCGCGGUCUACAAGUAACUUCCAUCCAGACAAUUUGGUGGGGAGAGGUGGGUUCGCGGAGGUUUUCCGAGGAAGCCUGUACAAUGGCCGGAGCGUAGCAGUGAAAAGAUUGGCAAAAGGAAAUGGAGAUCGGCAGAAGGAGAAGGAGUUCCUGAUCGAGCUUGGCAUACUCGGCCACGUUUGCCAUCCCAACACAGCCAACUUAAUCGGCUGCUGCAUCGAGAACGGGCUUCAUCUCGUCUUCGACUUGUCCUGCAACGGAAGCCUGGCAUCAGCUCUGCACAGUAAAAACGGCAAGUUUCUGGACUGGCCUGCGAGGCACAAGAUCGCCAUCGGAAUAGCUAGAGGUCUGCAUUACCUGCACAAAUGCUGCAGGCACCGGAUCAUUCACCGGGAUAUCAAGGCCUCCAAUGUUCUUCUCGGUCCAGACUUCGAGCCCCAGAUUUCAGAUUUCGGACUCGCGAAAUGGCUCCCGAAACAGUGGACUCAUCACUCUGUCAUCCCCAUUGAAGGCACAUUUGGGUAUCUGGCACCAGAGUACUUCAUGCAUGGGAUAGUUGAUGAGAAAACUGAUGUGUUUGCAUUCGGUGUUCUGCUGCUGGAGAUUGUCACUGGCAGGAGGCCAGUAGAUGCCUCAAAGCAGAACCUACUCCUAUGGGCCAAGCCACUUAUCGAGUCUGGAAGAAUAGCUGAACUGGCUGACCCCAAGCUGGAAGGCAAGGUUGACAUGAACCAGAUGCAGAGACUGGUGCUUACUGCUUCCUACUGCGUGAGACAGUCAUCGAUUUGGCGCCCAUCCAUGAGUGAGGUGUUGGAUCUUUUAACGAACGGGCGUGAUUCAAUGGAAGCACAAAUCUCGAGGAAUACCGAAUUCCAGGCCGAUAAGAUGGAUGAUCAAAAUUUAGCAACAAAUUGUUAUUUUGACUUUGACUACUAGCCAUCUUUUUUACUUUA